AUGGCUGAAGAACCUACUUGUAACACUAAGGAAGAACUUAUCAAUGAAGCUAAAGAGAUGAAAGAAUGGUUUGAAAAUGAAUUAAAAAUUCAAUGGAAUCCAAUUACUUAUAAUAACCCUGAUGUUAAAUUAUAUGAUUUACCAAUGAGAGGAUAUAGUCAUAGAACUCGUUGUAGAGUUCAUUGUAAUUGUACUUUUGAACAGAUGCUUAAAUUUAAUCAAGAAACUAAUAUUGAUGAAUUAAAGAAGUAUGAUAAAUCUCUUUUGAAUUACGAAAUUUUUGAUCAAGUAGAGGGUACUAAUAUUCUUGUAACACAUACUGCUUUUUCAGUUACUUGGCCUGUUACUGCAAGACAAUUUGUUUCUCUUCAUGAUAAUUAUCCAACUGAGAAUGGACAUAUUUUUAUUCAAACAUCAAUCAAGAAUGACAAAGUUAAAACUAAUAAAAAGUACGUCACUGCUUAUAAGAAAUCUGCACUUUUAAUUGAAAAAGACCCAGAGGAUCCUAAAAGAUGUUAUAUUGAAAGAAUUAUUGAAAUGGAUCCUCGAGGAAGUAUUCCUACUUUUGUAGUCGCUUCGAAUAAAACAAAUGAUGCUGAAAGAAUGUGGGAAAUGAAACUUUUUGUUGAAGAAAAAGUAAAGAAAGGUGAGUUAUAA